AUGGCGCUUGGGCUGCAGCGCGCAAGGUCCAGCACCGAGCUGCGCAAGGAGAAAUCCCGGGACGCGGCCCGCAGCCGGCGCAGCCAGGAGACCGAAGUGCUGUACCAGCUGGCGCACACGCUGCCCUUCGCGCGCGGGGUCAGCGCCCACUUGGAUAAGGCCUCCAUCAUGCGCCUCACCAUCAGCUACCUGCGGAUGCACCGGCUCUGCGCCGCAGGGGAGUGGAACCAGAUAGGAGCUGGGGGAGAAGCACUGGAUGCCUGCUACCUGAAGGCCCUGGAAGGCUUCGUCAUGGUGCUCACGGCAGAGGGAGACAUGGCUUACCUGUCGGAGAACGUCAGCAAACACCUGGGCCUCAGUCAGCUCGAGCUCAUCGGACACAGUAUCUUUGACUUCAUCCACCCCUGCGACCAAGAGGAGCUUCAAGAUGCCCUGACUCCCAGGCAGAGCCUGUCUAAGAAGAAGCCAGAAGCCCCCACCCAGAGGUGCUUCUCCUUGCGCAUGAAGAGCACCCUCACCAGCCGUGGCCGCACCCUCAACCUCAAAGCAGCCACCUGGAAGGUGCUGCACUGCUCCGGGCACAUGAGAGCCUACAAGCCCCCGGCCCAGAUUUGCUCGCCUGGGACCCCCGACCAGGAGCCCCCCCUGAGGUGCCUGGUGCUCAUCUGUGAGGCCAUCCCCCACCCAGGCAGCCUGGAGCCGCCGCUGGGCAGGGGGGCCUUCCUCAGCCGUCACAGCCUGGACAUGAAGUUCACCUACUGCGACGAGAGGAUCGCGGAGGUCGCCGGCUACCACCCCGAGGACCUGAUUGGCUGUUCUGCCUACGAGUACAUCCACGCCCUCGACUCAGACGCGGUCAGCAGGAGCAUCCACACCUGUAGUUUCCUGCUGACAGGAGCGCCGGCCCACGGGAGCCAGCAGUACCCCAGCACCCACUUCCUGGGCCGGCGGGAGACCCUGGGCCCAGGCCCCUGCAUGCUGCCUCUCUACACGGAUGAGGACGCUGCCCGGCACCUGAGCUGUGUCCUGCCUGCAGCAGCCUUGGCCCAGGUCAACUGA